CCCGCAGCCGACCGUCGUCGGAUUAGUGAAACCGGCAUCGUUGUUGAUCAAUUUUUGUUUUAGCCUAGCAGACAUUUCUCUGUCAAUUUCGGGGUAUAACAAUUGAAAAAACAUUGAAAUAAUCAUGAACGAGCUCCCGGCCAUAGAAGUUGUGUACGAUGCCCUUAACGCCCUAUACCAUAAUCCCGAUCCUGUAAGUAAAGAAAGAGCCUCGCAAUGGCUGGGGGAUCUACAAAAAUCGAUAUUUGCAUGGAAGAUAGCCGAUCAUUUAUUGCAUGUAAAAAAAGACAUGGAAUCAUGCUACUUUGGGGCUCAGACAUUAAGGACGAAAAUUCAGUUUGCAUUCCACGAGCUGCCUCCUGAAGCACACAGUUCAUUGCGAGACUCCAUGCUCGAUCAUUUGAGGCAGAUAAAUGAGCACACUAAUACUGUGAUUGUUACUCAGCUGUGUUUGGCAUUAGCUGAUUUGUUAUUACAAAUGACAAGUUGGAAUACCCCAAUCCAGGAUCUGAUUCAGACAUUUGGACCAAAAAACAAUUUUGAAACCACUCACCUUUGGCCCUUGUUGGAAGUUUUGACUGUGUUACCUGAAGAAAUGGGCUCCAGAACUUUAAGGCUUGGAGCAAACAGGAGAUCUGAAGUUCUCAAACUUUUUGCUGCAUCAACACAAAAUGUUUUGAAUCUCUUGGAUUCCUGUUUGACCAUUCCAUCUUCAGACCGUUUGAUUGGUGUGCGAUUGUUACGAUGUUUUUCAUCCUGGGUGCAUUUGCAAGCUGUUACGUUACACCAAUUAACAAGUUGUGCCACAUUAGUUCAUGUAUUUGCCACUCUCUCUUCUCACCAUAGCACUCCAUUGCUUCACGAAGCAGCAUGUGAUGCCGUUUGUGCUUUGCUUCAAGUAGUUGCAGAUCAAGAAAAUGAAGAUGCAACCGCUCAGAAUGGUCAAUUGACCUCUACCUUGAACGAGCUUCGUACUCUUGAAGAUUCUCUUGUCCAAAGUAUUAAAAACCUUGAACCUGCCUACCAUUUAGCUGUUGCGGAGGAAGAUACGGAAAAAGCGUUGAACUAUUGUCGUGUGUUCACUGAAAUAGCCGAAGCCUUGCUUCAUCGGAUGUUGGAGUCGACCAAAAACAACAACGGAACGACGAACGCAUCUAAUUUGUUUGGUUUAUUGGAUCUAGUGCUGACCUGCGUAGGUCAUCAUGACUAUGAGGUUGCUGAAAUUACGUUCGGAUUUUGGUACAAGUUAUCUGAAGACCUUUACCACGCCAAUGACGACGAUAGAACCGUCAAGUUCAAACCUUAUAUCGAGCGACUGAUUGGUGCUGUAUGUCGUCACUGUCAAAUGGAACCGGAUCACGAAGGUGUGCUGGAAGACGGCGAUGAUUUCGCUGGCUUUCGUUCACGAGUGUCUGAACUGGUCAAAGACGUGGUCUUCAUCGUCGGCUCGGCUUCCGUUUUUAAACAUUGUUUCUACAGCAUUCAUGGCCAAAACAAUCUUCCGUGGGAGGUGACAGAGUCGGCACUAUUUAUCAUGCAAGCUGUAGCCAAAAACAUUUUGCCUGACGAGAAUGAGGUUGUGCAGAGUGUGAUUGAGUCGUUACUUUUAGUACCAGAAAGCGCCCAUGCAGCAGUGCGUUUUACAACACUGCUUCUUUUGGGUGAACUGGGUGAUUGGAUGGAUAAACAUCCUGCCGUUGUCGAGCCUGUGCUUCAUUGUGUGCUACGUUCCAUCAAUGAUCCGUCGUUGGCUUUGGCCGCUUCAAAUUCGUUGGAGGCCAUCACCAGCAUUUGUCGAGAUCAUUUGAAAUCUCAUUUCGAUAUUCUACUGCAAGUAGUGAGUGCAUUGGUCACGUUACCCAUUCCAACGGAGACGGCCGUGCGAGUAGUCAAAGGGGUUACCAAAGUCUGCAGUCGAUUACCCGACCAUCAGAUUAGCGAUGCUCUGCACCAGCUUUGCAAGAUUCAUGUCGAUGAAUUAACAAGAAUUUCCCAGGUGGAAAGUCAGUCGAAAAUCGUCGCCAAAACUAGUAGUGAUCCGGUAUACUGGUUGGAUCGUCUAGCCUCAGUGUUUCGUAAUUUAAAUAUCAGUAUAAAAAAGAACGAACAGCAUCCAUGCCAGUCAGCCAUUACUUUUACCUGGCCGUGUUUGUCCAUGACGUUGGAUAAAUUCCAAACUGACAGAAGAGUGAUGGAGCGCUGCUGUAGGUGCCUCCGAUUCGCUCUACGAUUGAUUGGCCACCAGUCUGCUCCUCUAUUGCAACCGCUCGUUACUCAGAUGGUGCGUCUGUAUAAUGCUCAUCAUCAUAGUUGCUUCCUCUAUUUAGCAAGUAUCCUAGUGGACGAAUACGGUUCGGAAAACGAAUGCAUCGGCGGUCUCAUUUCGAUGCUGGAAGCGCUGUUACCGCGCGCCUUCCAGCUGUUGCAAGAACAGCAAGGUUUCUGCCAUAAUCCGGACACAGUCGAUGACCUUUUCCGUCUAUUCGCUCGCUUCCUUCAGCGCAAUCCAGUCGCAUUCCUCCAUAGCCCGGCUUUACCAGCCAUUUUCGAUUGUGCCAUGCAGGCGGCUGCACUGGAUCACCGAGACGCCAAUGCCAGCGUUAUGCAGUUUCUUACCGAGUUGAUCCACACCACGCGGGCUCGAGAGGAGAAACUGUCAUUUGAACUCCGUGACCAACUCCUGUCAACGGUGCUUCGCCCUAAAGGUCAGAUGCUCAUUAGCACUCUAAUCACCGCCUCGAUAUUCUCGUUGUCAACGUGUUCAUUACCCAAUGUGGCAGACGUUCUGCUCGAAUUCAUGCUAGUCGAUCGACAGAGCAUUUCCAGCUGGAUGGAGCAAACGCUGGAGAACCUACCUCGUCAGUCACCUGCCGGAUGUGUCGCCGUCAGGCCCGAGCAGCUACAAGAUUUCCGCCAAAAAGUUAUCAGGGCGGAAACGUCGUUGGAAUUGUCAAAUGCAUUGCGUGAUUUCUCCAGACUUUAUCGGUGAAAACCUGACUUUUGUUCAUGACUCAUUCGAUAAUGUUUUUCAAGCUACUAAACGCUUCUUCCUAAAAUUCAAUUAAUGAGUUGGUUGUUAAUUUGGUUAUUUUUUUUGGCUCCUACUCAUUUAACUUUUACUUCGGCUAAAUCCUCCUCCCACCCUUGUACAUUUGGGAAUAUAAUCAAGGGAAUGUCAUAGUGCACCUGAACACAUCCAGACGCAGUUUCCCUCCCUCGCUCCUCUCAAACAUCGUCGACCAUCGCACAAUGAAGCUGGAAAUCUACUAAUACACAUUUCAUGGAAA